CCCUUGAGCCUUUUAGCGAGCGGUACAGGUCAUUCCCGAUUGAAGUAUGAAGUGUUUUCUGAUUAUUGCCCUGCUCCCGGCCCUAGCCCUCGGUUUAGUGGUCCGUCCUUGUCCCAAUGGAGCACCGAUUCCCCAGGAUGUGCGGGUAGUUGGCUGCACGGUGGAACCGUGCAUCAUCCCGAUCGGCGGUAUGGUCGAUAUGGACUGUGAUUUCAUAUCGCCUCGUGCCAGCGCCACCGUGGGAGCAGCUUUGCGUAUUUUCCUGGGAGAUUUCCAGGUACCGUAUGAGCUGCCGCCGGACCAGCGGAAUGCUUGCAACUUCUUCGAGGCCGGCAGCUGUCCGGUGACGCAGGGCGAGUUCAUCAACUACCAUCUGAGCACACCGGCGGCUGCCCCCUUCGCUGGCAUCACCGUCGAUCUGGAGCUGCAGCUUUCCGAUGACAGUGGUGCGCCACUGUUUUGCUUCCGUUCGUCGGCGACAAUUAUCCCUGUUUAGUGCUUAGUUGUGACAAGUGAGCGCUGGUCACGUCUCGUACAGCAACAAUAAACGAAGAAAGGAGUAAAGUCUA